AUGUCGGAUGGUGGCCACCAUCAAGCAAAUCAUCAUGAUCAUGAAAUCGACCAAUUCAAUGCCAUAGAAUCCUCUUCUUCCAUUCAACAACAACAUGUCCAUAAUAGCCUUUCUAUUGAAAAUUUUCAGCAUCAAGAAUUAAAAACGGAAAUUCCUAAUGUAGACAAUACUAACACCACCACUUGGACUGAAAACAACAACACGAAAAACAAUAAUAACAACAAUAUGGUUCAACAUCAGACAACAACGAAUACACCCUCAAAUCAUGCGAGAAAUAAUUCAAUUCUCGAGAAUAAUAAGGAUCAUCAGGAGGUAAAACUUUCGGAGAAGGAUGCAGAACCAGUUCCAUUACAUCAGGAGGAUCCACUGCUUGCAAGUCGUACAAUAACAAAACAAAAUUUCGAUGAACCAAUUAUACAAUUGUAUGAUGAUAACGCGUUGAUGGCACCCCGAGAAAUUAAACAUGAUCCAAAAUUGACGUCUGACACUUCAACGCAUGCAGCAGCUACUGCUUUCAAAAAUCAAGAAGAAAACACAUCACGAACAUCAAACACUCAAGACCUUUCAAAUAAUAAUAUACUUGCUCAUGCUACAAAUCAUCAUGGUAAUAACCCUGAAAUUUUCUAUCCUCCAUCUUCUACAUUUCCGAAACGACGACAUUCCUUAUUGAAAAAUAUUGAGAUGCAACAUUAUGAUCGAACAUUAAUAGAUGCUCAAUCAAUGAAUCGAUUGGAUGAAGGGACAUCUUUUCACAAAAUGCAAGAAUCGCCGUCAAAUUCCUAUUCACAUCAUCAUACAGAACUCUCAAAUAUUUCAAAAGAAAGUCAAUCAUCCUCUUCACAUCUGCAUAAAUCAAUACAUCAUAGAAAUCAUGUCCAUCAACACAGUGCUGCACACAAUAACACCAAUGGAACAAUCUCUUCUGCAUCAACAUCACGACGAAGACCCUCUUUUCCAAAUAUUAAAUUAAUUGCACCACGAAGGAAAGCAGUUGGUGCCUCUGUCACGUCGAGUGUUCAACUUUCAGAUUCAUCAGCAGAACACUCACGAGAAAAUAGAAAACAACUGGAACAAAUUUUUAAGGGAAGAAGACGAGAUUAUGGAGAUUCUUCAUGCCGAGGAGUUGUUUUUGACGCUUUGGAAUAUCUGUAUAAUAGUGUUUGUCCACCAAAUAGAAUUUGUAACUUACUUAUUUUGGCGAUUAUAAUUCACACUGUAGUCUGCAUUAUUGCAACUACCUCAAUUUUGUAUUCAGCUGGAAGUCAAAGUGUUCAGGAAUAUGCCAGUUUGAAUAAUUUAAAUAUUAUUCAAAAAAUGGUUCAAUUCUUUAACAUUGCAACGACAGCUUCGGUCGAACUACAACGACAUUUUCUUUUACAUUCCUUAUUUUACAACGACACCACUGGAAAUGGAACGUUUAUCGAACCGUUAACACGACUCACGACGACUGCCAUUCCCAAACUUUACGUCCAUCAAGACGAACUAAAUAUGAUUCUCUAUGGAAAUGGCAAUGGAGAAUCAGCUCUUGUUCAACGACAAGGCGCUUUAAACUUGAUGUAUGUGACAAGAAAUGUGCUACAAUAUGUACCACAAUAUAAGGGUUUGAUUACAUAUCCAGGAAAUGCGCAUACCAUCUUUAAUUUUUAUACAGAUGAUUUAAUGCAACCUGUGAACACCACUCCAAACGACUCUAAAUUUAUUUAUGAUCCCAGAGACCGAAUUUGGUACACCACAGUGGCCAACAGUGUCAAAAAUACGACCAAGUGGAGUAAUGUCUUUGUAGACCUCAAUACCAAACUCAGUAUUUCAGCAUGUAUACGACUGAGAAAUCGAAACACCAUUCGACCUCAAUUUCAAGAAGUGUUAGGAGUACAUAUCUUAUUCAGUGACAUUGAAAAAUAUUUUGGAUCCAUUUCUUCUUACUCGGAUUAUAUAAUGAUUCUCAUUGAAAAGAAUGGCAAUAUUCUUUCGACCUCUCUCAAUAAUUUUCCAGUAGUGACCACGAAUGGAACAAGAAGUAAUGUCAUGAUGUUUAGGAACAUUAGCACGACGAAUAGUUUUGGAGUUUCAAAUCCAGAUACCAUUAGCAUGUUAAAAACCAUUGCUGAAUGUCUCGAAACGGAGCAUAUCAUUGGACGAACUAAAACACUGAAUGAGAGUGAACCUUAUCCAUGCAGCGCUGUGAAUAAUGAUAUCGUACCUAUUGGAAAUUCCACAGAUGGAGGUUAUUGCUAUUUAACUCGUUGGAUGACGAUACGACAAUUCAACACUUCUCAAUCAUUUUUGGUUGUCACCAAUAUUGUGGAUCAGCAUGGAAUGGAUUUUAUUUUCAUUAUUUCUCGUAGGAAUUACACUUUUACUGAGGUGUUACUGGAACACUUUGUGUACUUGCUCAUAGUAUUGGUGUGUACCAUUGCAGUGGGUACUGCUUUAGUGUUAUGUCUUACUUCAUGCAUUUCAUUUUCAUUGUGGCACGUCUCGAAGAAGUUGUAUCACAUUUCUGGAUUACGAGGAAACCUUUCACAUGAAAAAUCCACGUUUUCGAAAUUGCAACGAGUGUCGAAUAAGAUAUUUUAUGAGAUUGACAUUUUACAGAGAUGUAUUGACAAUGUAGAACGUGUGAACUCGAGUUUCGUCAAGUACAUUCCUAAAAGUGUUGUGCACAAUAUUGUCAAUGGCUCUUCUUCAGGAGCUAAAUUGGGAAUGGUCAGUGCAGAAAUUACCGUCAUGUUCACCGAUUUGGCCAAUUUCACAAACAUUUCAGAGAAUUUGUCAAUCAAUAAUUUACUUCUCGUCAUUUCCAGAUAUUUCGAUGUCGUGACAAAGAACGUUCAAGACUGCAACGGAGUGAUUGACAAAUUUAUUGGAGACGGAGUGAUGGCUCUCUUCAACAAUCCUUUCCAACCAGCUCCAAAUCACGCAGAACUUGCAUGCAAAGCAGCUCUACAAAUUGUUGCCGAACUCAAAAAGGUGAAUGAAGAAAUAUCAAGAGUUUACAAAAUGAAGCUUCCCUACGAAAUCACAGCACGUGUUGGAUUAAACACAGGAGCUUGUCUCGUCGGAAACAUUGGAACUCAUGAUCGUUUAAAUUUCACAGCCGUAGGAGAUGUUGUGAAUAUUUCGAGUCGACUCGAAUCAUUGAAUCGAAUGUAUGGAACAACUAUUUUAAUUGGAGAAGGAACAUUAUUGAGUUUUAAAGGCGUUGAAAAUUUGAGAGCCGAAACGAGAGAUUUCUUUUCGAGCUAUUUGGGGCAAGACAACUUUUCCUUCUCAGAUCUCAAUCAGAGAGUGACUGCCUUACUUGAAUCUCAAGUGUUAGAACCUGCUCAAGGAAGUGCCAUUCCAAUUUUGGAUGCUUCCACGAUCUUGAUGAAUGAGAACAUUCAGAAAGCAGCCGUGUCACAAAGCAGUCGUUCCUCGUUAGCACUCGAUAGCAAUUUCCCUUCAAUGGUUUGCUUUUUUGUGGAUACCAUUUGUCUCAAAGGAAAAAACAAUUCUGUUUCUGUGUAUGCGUUGCAAUGUGAACGAAAGGUCGCCACCCAUGAUCAACUCUACAUUGAAAAGAUGUUAGAAUUGAUUCGAAGAGAAUUGCUAGAAGAAAAACGUGUGCGAGCUGUUUUGAAAUUACUUCAAAAUUUAUUGAGAUAUUUAGAAGAAAAUCAAUUGUAUGAUUCUCCAUUGAUAGGAUCUCAUGCACCUGAAUUUACAUUCAAGUUUGGAGAUAGUACUGCUGAGAGAUGUGAAAUCGAUGAUGAACAAGACGAUAACAUUCCAAACACAAUCAUUGAAGCAGGUGAUCCAUAUCCAGUCGUUUACAAAUUUGUUUCAAAAAUUAGAGAUCGUUUAUUGAAAGUGGUCCAAACCCAUGAAAGCACAAAGAAGAGUACUAGAAGCAACUCGGUAUUUUCAUUUACCAACAGAAGACGUACUUCACUUCUUCCUAACGACAGUAGAUCUAACUCGGAGCCUCUGGUGACACCUCUUUUGGUUGCAUCCUCAGAAGACACCUCGAAUUCGUUUGAUCACUUUGCAUCCAAGACAGUAUCCAUGUCUCCCAAUGUGAGCUUUGAAAAGUCCAAUACCAACUUGAGUGAAAGUCAAGAAAAUUGGAAUGAUCCUCAAAAAGAAAAUAUCACUCCAACAAUGAAGAAUGGAUCUAUUCGUGAACCAGAAAGUCGAUCUGACAGUGUUGAAAAGACAGAGGACUCUUCACUCAAAGUUUUAUCCAAUAUACUUGAUUCGAACAUGGAUACACCUCACAACAAGAGAAGCUCCAUUAAGGUUGAAGAUUUUUUCCUCAAGUUGAAUGAAAAGUAA